GGGACGUCGCUCUCCCAGAGACUUUAGAGAAGUUUCCAAAAAAGACCAGCGUUCCUCUGGAGAGGAUUCCAGCCGCCUCUCUGCUGCUCACUCAGCUUCGUCCGUCUCUGCCUCCACUCUCCGAACAAGUUCUCCUCUUUCUUCUCAGCCGCUAGCAGAAACCCAAGAAAUCAACAAUGGAGGCCAUCAAGAAGAAAAUGCAGAUGCUGAAGCUAGACAAGGAGAAUGCCAUAGAUCGAGCAGAACAGGCAGAGAUAGACAAGAAAGGCGCAGAGGACAAAUGCAAACAGCUGGAAGAGGAGCUCCUGGGCCUGCAGAAGAAGCUGAAGGGUGUGGAGGACGAGCUGGACAAGUACUCUGAAUCACUGAAGGAUGCUCAGGAGAAACUCGAGCAGGCCGAGAAGAAGGCCGCAGACGCCGAGGCUGAGGUGGCGUCUCUAAACAGACGUAUCCAGCUGGUGGAAGAGGAGUUGGAUCGCGCCCAGGAGAGACUCGCCACAGCGCUACAGAAGCUGGAGGAGGCAGAGAAGGCCGCAGAUGAGAGCGAGAGAGGAAUGAAGGUGAUAGAGAACAGAGCAACAAAGGAUGAGGAGAAGAUGGAGAUCCAGGAGAUGCAGCUGAAGGAAGCCAAACACAUCGCUGAGGAAGCUGACCGCAAAUACGAAGAGGUCGCUCGUAAACUGGUUAUUCUUGAGGGUGAGCUUGAGCGCUCCGAGGAGCGAGCUGAAGUGGCUGAGGCUCGAGUCAGGCAGCUGGAGGAAGAGCUUAAACUCAUGGACCAGAAUUUGAAAUCCAUGAUGGCCGGAGAGGAAGAGUACUCCACAAAGGAAGACAAAUAUGAGGAGGAAAUCCGAGUACUCACUGACAAGCUCAAAGAGGCUGAAACUCGUGCCGAGUUUGCUGAAAGGUCUGUGGCAAAGCUUGAGAAAACCAUUGACGAUUUAGAAGAGAAACUUGCCCAAGCCAAAGAGGAGAAUUUGAACAUGCACCAAGUGCUUGACCAGACCCUUCUGGAGCUCAACAAUUUAUAAAGACGACGUCUUACAGCACACUACGCUUUCCAGCGGGGCCUGACGCAGCUCUUUGCUUUGAUGAGUGAAUGUCUUAGUCACACACUUGCCAUUUUCUUUCCCCAACAGUCCAGUGCAAACAAUGUCUUGCAAUAGUAGCGAAGCCAGCGGAAUGUUGUCAAAUUAUCAACCUGGAUUUAUAGUAUUUGAUUUAUUCUAAACAUCACGUUUACCACAAACGUAGCUUUUUGACCUCAACCGAUGACCUCAAUUCUCGACUUUGGAUUUAAACCGUAUAAUAGCAAUUGAAAGAAAAGUUUUUGUACAUUUGAGGUUACUAUUUUUUAAGCAUUUUCACCGAUUUGUACCAAAAUGCGCAGCUGAGAUUGUAACUAAUGUGUCACUCGUAUCACCUGCAAAAUUAGAAAUAGCAAUGUUUCUGUAUGCAGUGCUGCAAACUUGUGGCCUUUCAGAGAAAUUUGUUGCCGCAGAUCGCAAGCAAGAGGGUCCAAACGAAUGUGUGCUUAUAACCCUUGCUUUAAAAUGUGAAAUGGCAUCAGUGGCACUAAAGCAUCUGUGAUAAUUAAAAUUAGACAUGGCUUAAGUUUUUGACUGUAAUAAUAAUUACUGCAAAUGUUUCCAAACAUUUCGUCUGUUUGAUAAAUCUGACCAAAUCUGUGAAGAAUGAAAGUCACAUACAUAAGAUUGUGAUGAUGAUGAUACUAAUUAUGGGGUUGGAUGAGACUGCUGUUGUUAUUUUUUUUUCUGUUAUAUACCGUAUGUAAAAUAAUGCAAUUGAUUUGAUUAAUUGGGGAAAUAUCUUUAACACUGUUUAAAACUUUGUCUAACUCUCUCUAAAUGCAAAUCACUAUGUAGUAAAAACAUGCAUUUAUUUGAUAUUAAAGGGAUAACAUUUGGAUCAUUCUUGCACACAUUUUUAAAUAAUUCCUGCGAUUUUUAUGCAUCACCCGUUUAUGUAUCCUAUGCAAUUGUUUGAGCUAUUUGAUUAAAAGUAUUGAAAACUGAA